AUGGAGUCUGGGACAAGUGGCGAAGGUAUGGGCAUUCCUGCUAGAGAUAGUGACAGCUGGACUAAAACUCAGUGAAUUUCUAAUCUAAAAUGAUUUUGACUAAAUAUCGAUGGGAUUUUUAAACAGGCUUAACAAAAGAAAGACUACAGUCCAUUCAGAUGCACUUCUGUCCACAACGGAGGGUACACCCAUUCAUUUAAAUCUACACUGUGUGUGCCUUCAAACCCAUUCAGAGCCACCAAUUCCUGCUGAAAAAAUAUUCUCAUUGAGCUUGAUUCCUGCGGGACCACACUGCAAAAAUGAGCAGAUUAUUGCUACAAUGAAGGAAGGAUGGCUGUGUCUCGAUCCAACUGACGACUGGGUGAUUUCUCUCGAGAAAGAGGUUUACAAACGAAAGACUACAGUCCUUCCAGAAGCACUUUUGUACACAACAGAGGGUACACCCAUUUAUUUAAAUCUACUCUGUGAGUGCUCUCAAACCUAUUCAGAGCCACCAAUUCCUGCUGAAAAAAUACUCUCACUGAGGGUGAUACCUGCUGGACCACAAUGCAAAAGUGAGCAGAUCAUGUGAGUGUGAAACCUAGCAAAGCUACAGUUCAGAAUCACACACAUCUCCUAAUGUGCACUUCAACUCAAAAUGUUCUCUCUCUC